GCGCACGCGCGGCCCCGCCCGCCCGCGCGUGUCUGUCCGGCCUGCGGGCCCCGCCCCACGCGCCCGGAAAUUCCGGUGGCGGAUCGGUGGACCGGGCCCGAGCGCAUCGCGGGCGGGCGGCCGGGCCGGGCGCGGAGCCUGGGAGCGGAGCCCAGGCCGUGCCGCGCGGCGCCAUGAAGGGCAAGGAGGAGAAGGAGGGCGGCGCGCGGCUGGGCGCCGGCGGCGGGAGCCCCGAGAAGAGCCCGAGUGCGCAGGAGCUCAAGGAGCAGGGCAACCGGCUCUUCGUGGGCCGCAAGUACCCGGAGGCGGCGGCCUGCUACGGUCGCGCCAUCACCCGGAAUCCCCUGGUAGCGGUGUAUUACACCAACCGGGCACUCUGCUACCUGAAGAUGCAGCAGCACGAGCAGGCCCUGGCCGACUGCCGGCGCGCCCUGGAGCUGGACGGGCAGUCUGUGAAGGCGCACUUCUUCUUGGGGCAGUGCCAGCUGGAGAUGGAGAGCUAUGAUGAGGCCAUUGCCAAUCUGCAGCGAGCCUACAACUUGGCCAAAGAGCAGCGGCUCAACUUUGGAGACGACAUCCCCAGUGCCCUGCGCAUCGCCAAGAAGAAGCGCUGGAACAGCAUUGAGGAAAGGCGCAUCAACCAGGAGAGCGAGCUGCACUCCUACCUCACGCGGCUCAUCACAGCUGAGCGUGAGAGGGAGCUGGAAGAGUGUCAGCGGAACCACAGGGGUGAUGAAGACGAUGGUCAUCUCCGGACCCAGCAGGCCUGCAUUGAGGCCAAGCACGACAAGUUCUUGGCAGACAUGGAUGAGCUCUUCUCCCAGGUGGACGAGAAGAGAAAGAAGCGAGACAUCCCCGACUACCUUUGUGGCAAAAUCAGCUUUGAGCUGAUGCGGGAACCCUGCAUCACACCCAGCGGCAUCACUUACGACCGCAAGGACAUCGAGGAGCACCUGCAGCGCGUGGGCCACUUUGACCCUGUGACCCGGAGCCCCCUGACCCAGGAGCAGCUCAUCCCUAACCUGGCCAUGAAAGAGGUCAUCGAUGCAUUCAUCUCCGAGAACGGCUGGGUGGAGGACUACUGAGGCAGGGCCAGUGCAAGGGCCACUCGCCCCGCUUUGCCCGGUAACCUGGCCCUGGAGGGCCUUGGGGCCGUAGCCCUGGCCCCUGUACAGAGUUCAUGUCCCUGAAUUCUUGCCCCAGUGUCCCCAUGCCACUCUCCGUCAGUUCUGAUGCUGGGCCAUCAGCCUCCCCCGUCCCCUUUCUGGGCUGGAAACAGCAGGUGAGGGUGGGCUGGGCUGAGGCUGCCGCUGCCACCACUGUCCCUGUAAUAAAAUCUGUGAGCACUAUA